CGCAGCCACCGCAGGUCCGAGAGCGGCACGACGCGGAUCUCGCCGCUGCCCAGCACGUCGCCGUGCGGCCGGGUCUCUGCGGCAAAGGACGGAGGAUGGACGGUCUUUUACCUCCCCUUACCUCUACACAUGAGCAAGAGCUCCCUCUUUUGAUGGCAGCUACAACAAUUUUACCGAAGCCAAGGCUGAAAGACUGGAUUUGAUCUGCUGAGUUGUACUGCCAAGUGCAUUGGCUGACAUUUAAAGGCACAAGACAUUUACUAGCAUUGAAGAUGGCAAUCAAGCUUUCUGUGAGAACACAGUGGCAUACCUGUGGUUAAACUGUUAAGGGAAAGUAUUCCAUCACACACAGCAGGACCUGCUGUGAGCAAGGGAUAUUGAUUUAGAAGUUACACAACCUCUUUGAGCAGAGUAGAUAUGCGGUAUACUUUCUUCUUGCUGAUUUUUCUCUCCAAGGCCAGCUUCUUGAAAACUGAGCCUAAUGUGAGGAGCUCUGUCAUUUCUGCCCUCGAGAAAGUGACUGUCUUCAUGGAGAGUCGGUAUCAGGACAUCAAUUUAGAUGCAGUGCUGGGAUUUCAUGUUUUGCAAGGCUACUUGAAAGGAGCCCUAGAAAAGUGGCCUUUAGAACAUGAAUUACUUGCUCAGCGUACCCGAGUUGAAAGUGUGGUGAAGAAGUUGUCUCCUCUGAUUGAAAAAGCAACAUAUUCUCUAGCGCAGAAUGAUCCCAAAUAUUUCAAAGAAUUUGUACCAAUUUUAGGACCACAUUUCUGGGUCUUUCCCCAUUCAUGGAACCAAACUGAUACCUUGCUGGCCUAUACUUCAUUUGGUAGUUCCAAGUGUUUUACAGAGAAAACAAGUGACACGUGCUAUACGUAUUUGCUAGGAACACGGAAAGAGAAUGGCAAGUCCUGCGUUGUCACAAGCACCUGUAGGAACAUAAUGACUCAACUUGGUUGCUCGGGUUACUCCUUGUCCCAUCAGCUUUUCUACUUCAUGUUUGCUGAUAUGAAAGGAUGCUCUGACCAUCUGUUCCUGAGGACCCAGUAUUACAAGAAUAUUUUCUGUGCUAGCAUGAUGAAAAUAAACUUGCAGAUCGAAAGCAAUGGAUUUGAGUCUUCUUCUCGAGACCUCUUCAUGGAAAACAUUAUGCUCUGUGGCAUGUCUGGUUUCUCUGACUUCUACAAACUCAGAUGGCUGGAGAAGAUUCUCACUUGGCAGAAGCCUAAGGAAGGAUGCUUUGGGGAACCCAGUAAAGAUUUUGAAUACUCUGCUGGAACAGAAGACCAAAAGAAGCUGCUAAGGAGAGUUAAGAGACGGGAAAAGAUGUUUACAGAUGGAUGUUCCUCCCAUUACACAGCUGUUGCAGUAGGAUCGCUCGGAGGGUUCCUGUACUACUACUGCUGCUGACAUUAACAGCGCACUGCAGACUGUCAACAGGAAGGCCACGUGCGGGGCGAGGCGAUCGGUCCUUGAGCAGUACUGGUGCUCAGUUUGUAGUGAAAUAGAAUUAACCCUUCAAAUCACAAUCUUGUCUUGCAAUACAAAACCUUGGGAGC